AUGAAGUUCUCCCUUUCAUGUGUUGCUGCUCUCUUCGCAGCUACGGCGCUGGCCUCCCCAGUGUCCGAUGAUGCUCUCGCAAAGCGAGACGAUCGUGGUCAUUACAAAGUUGGUGGCCUUGGAGCACACAAGAAGGCAAUUCUCAAUGCUGGCGGCAACACUCUUGACCUUGCCAUUGCCAUGCUCGAGAUCGACGAUAUGGAAACUUCCCACUAUCCCUAUGGGGACAACAAGGUCAAGGACGCAGCGAAUUUCGGUCUCUUCAAGCAGAACUGGGGCAUGCUCCGUGUCUGCGGCAAGCGCUACGGCUUUGUCGGCAAGUCCGAGGCCCAGUGGAAUGAUGGAGCACUUCUCAACUCCAAUGUGUGGGCGGAUGUCGCCUCUCGCUGGGACUGCCAGGAAUACUACGGGUAUGACAAGUGGUUUGCUGGUCACCGCAACGGUGCUAGCGGGCUUGAUAAUCCUUACACCGAGGACAUUCAAAAUUACAAGUCGGCUGUCCAGUGGAUCCAGAAGCAGAUCGACAGCAACAGCGCGUACAAGACCGAUGAUACUCGCUUCUGGGUUAACGUCCAUGCCAUCUAA